AUGUCUGAUCCGAAGCCUGCUGAACAAACCCCGGCUGCUGAGCCAGCGAAACUCGAGGAGAUCGUGGGAAACACCGAUAAGCCCUCGGAGACUCCCGCUGCCUCGGCGACAGAAAACAUCAACACCGAGGAAGCUCCUAAGGAGGAUGCGCCCGCUACAACUGAAGCCGCCAAGCCUGAAGAUGAAGCUGCGCCCGCCGCUGCCACCACCGAGCCCGAGGCUAAGCCCGAGGAAAAGAAACCCGAAUACCUGACCAGCAUUCCCUCUCUCGGCCAGUUCUUCGAGCACCUCCCCUCUAUUCUCAGCAAGACUGGCUACAGCGAGAUGUGGGGUGUGCCCCUGAAGGAUAGCGACGAUAUUCCCACGGUCAAUGUGCUGAUCAAGUUCCUGCGCGCCAACGAGGGCAACCUCUCCGCAGCCGAGGAGCAGCUGCGCAAGGCCCUGGAAUGGCGCAAGCAGACCAACCCACUAGAGCUCAUCCAGUCGGGCAAGUACAGCGCCAGCAAGUUCGGCGGUCUGGGAUACCUGACAACCUACGAGCAAGAUGGACGCCCGCUCGUGUUUACAUGGAACAUCUAUGGCGCUGUCAAGGACAUGAGCGCUACCUUCUCGGAUUCUGACGAAUUUGUUAAGUGGCGCGCUGCCCUCAUGGAGCUCGCCGUCCAGGACCUGAAUAUGAAGGAUGCCACCACUGUCAUCGACUACGAUGGCGAGAAGGACCCUUACCAGAUGAUCCAAGUGCACGACUACAUGAACGUCAAGUUUCUUCGCAUGGACCCUGCUGUGCGCGCUGCGACCAAGAAGACUAUCGAUGUCUUCUCCACCGCUUACCCCGAGCUGCUGCGCGAGAAGUUCUUUGUCAACGUCCCGGCUAUCAUGGGUUGGAUGUUCUCGGCCAUGAAGCUCAUUCUGAGCCGUAACACCACUCGCAAGUUCCAUCCCAUCUCUAACGGUGCCAACUUGGCUCGCGAGUUCCCUGCUUCGAUCGCCAACCAGAUUCCCACGGUGUAUGGUGGAAAGGGCGUUGCAUUGAAGGAUGGGGCACGGUCGGUUCCGCUGACUGGGGACGAGCAGCCCAAAGAGGAGGCUAAGCCUGCAGAGCCUGCUACUGAGACUGCCGCCCCGGUAGCUGCUGCCCCUGUAGCUGCUGCCCCUGUAGCUGCUGCUCCUGUGGCUGCUGCUCCUGAGGCCGCGGCUCCUGAGACCGCUGCUGUCGAGACCGCUGCCAAGGCGGAGCCUGCGAAGGAAGAAGUCAAGGAGGAGGCUGCAGAGACCAAGGAAGCGUCAAAGACGACCACCGAGGGUAAAGCGGCCUCAUAA